ACACCGAGAGAGAGAGGGUGAGAGAGAGUGAUAGAGCGAGAGAGAGAGGGAAAGAGAGAAAGCGAGAGAGAGUCGCUGUUUUGCAGCGCCCGCGCCGCCGUGCUCGCGCUCAGUCGCCAGUCCUUUCCCGCCGCUCGGUUUUCAGCCCGGUUUUGUGUUGUUCUCUCCGCAGAUCAUCCUCCGCUGAUCCCAGCGGCUCUUUCCGUUUCUCCUCUCCUUAUUUAUCUUUAUUUAACCGCGAUUUCUGUCACGGUUCGGCCGCGCGCGCCUCUCCGCGCGCUUCUUUCUGUUUUUAAUUUUUGAUUUCUGCCGCUCCGCCACGCGCAGCUCCGGAGAAAAACCGUCAGAGAACUCGACACAAAAGGUAAUGAAGACUAGACCUGCCAUCAACUAUUAGCGGCUGUAUUAUCCUGAGUCGUAACCCAGAGCAUGGAGACUCCUGUGAACGACAACUCGCUGCGCUGGGGAGUCUAGAACAUUAAUCGUGUGAAUCUGGAAGGACCUGUGGACACACCCCCUCUUCAGAAACCUUCCCAGAAGCCUUCAGUCAUACGAGUGAAGGUGUCAGAUCUUCAGCUGAGUGGAGGACAGACAGACAGCGAGACAGAACUGAAGACAGAACUGAAGAAGAGGAUGAGCUGAGAUGCAACAGCAGGGAAGAAGAGCAGCAGAACGAAGCUGAAGGAGACGGGCAGCGCUGACGGACCCGCUCUGAUCAGGUUGAUCUUCAUAUCCUCGGCUUUGGCGCGCUGAGCUCGGUUUCCUAGAGACGCUUCUGGCCCGUGGAUUAGCCUGUUUACUCUCGGAGCCGGUCGGACCGGCCAGAUGAUAUCCAGGCGGGUCACUUCCUGUGCAGCAGGUAAACGACGCUAAGCUGACCGGUGGGCGGAGCCUGCAGUGAGAGAGGGAGAGAGCCAGCCAGCAGCGUGUGGUCUGUUUGUGUGCGUUUGUUGCGUGUGUUGCAGUGUGUCUGUGUGUGUGUGAGAGUGUGUGAGUGAGUGUGUGUGUGUGUGUGUGUGUGUUGCGCUCCGUGGUGCGUCAUGCGGACAGGAUGGAUGUGAAGGAGCGCAGGCCCUACUGCUCGCUGACGAAGAGCCGGCGGGAGAAGGAACGGCGCUACACAGGCUCGUCCGGAGACAGCGAGGAGUGCCGCGUCCCCACCCAGAAGUCCUACAGCUCCAGCGAGACCCUCAAAGCCUUCGAGCACGACUCCUCACGCCUGCUGUACGGGACACGCGUCAAAGACAUGGUCCACCGGGACAUGGACGAGUACGGACGCCAAGGGCAGAACUUCAACCUGAGGCAGCUGGGGAUCUGCGAGCCGGCCGCUCGGCGUGGUUUGGCGUUUUGUGCUGAAAUGGGCCUCCCUCACCGCGGAUAUUCGGCCGGAUCUGACAUGGACACGGAGGGCGAUGGCGUGAUGUCACCGGAGCGUGCCAUGCGGCUGUGGGGCAGAGGGGUGAAGUCCGGCAGGAACUCCUGCCUCUCCAGCAGAUCCAACUCCGCUCUGACGCUGACCGACACGGAGCACGAGAACAAAUCCGACAGCGAGAACGGUUCUCCCAUGCCAUCCUCUCUCUCCAGUCCAUCAGAGCAUUGCCAUUCGCAGCCUCCAUCCCCCAGCCUCCAUGACCCCCAGCGUGCCGAGCUCCGCAGCGCCGCCCUGCAGGCCGCGCACUCCCAGGAGGAGUUCAGUCUGUAUAGAGCUGUAGCUCACACCGCCUCCACUGAGGAGCAAGUGCCCAAUCAGCAGCAGGGUCAGCCCCCGCUGCCCCCAGCCCCGCCUCCCCAUAAGCAGCAGCCGUUGGUGACGGCGCUGAACCACAGCUCAACGAGCCGGCGGAACGCCAGCCCGGCCCCCCCGGCCCCUCCGCCCGCAGACCUGCCCACCACGCCCGAGUCCGUCCCGCUGCAGGACAGCUGGGUCCUGGGCAGCAAUGUGCCGCUGGAAAGCCGGCACUUCCUCUUUAAGACAGGUACAGGAACGACCCCUCUGUUUAGCACGGCGACUCCGGGCUACACCAUGGCGACGGGGGCGGUGUACUCGCCCCCCACACGGCCACUGCCCCGCAACACACUGUCCCGCAGCGCCUUCAAGUUCAAGAAGUCGUCCAAGUACUGCUCAUGGAGGUGCACAGCCCUCAGCGCCGUCGCCGUGUCCGUCCUGCUGUCCAUCAUCCUCUGCUACUGCGUCGCGAUGCACCUGUUUGGUCUGAACUGGCAGCUUCAGGAGGCGGAGGGAUACGCCUUUGAGAAUGGCGUCAAAUCAGACACAACACCGUCCAACACAGUGACUGCACUGUCCGCCGAACACGGUAAAGUGGGUGUGUACGUACAGGAGAAUAACACUAUCGACACGGGCGAGGUGGACGUGGGUCGGAGGGCCGUGCAGGACGUGCCGCCCGGAAUGUUCUGGCGUUCGCAGCUUUUCAUCGACCAGCCGCAGUCUCUGAAAUUCAACAUCUCAGUGCCCAGAGACGCUCUGGUGGGAGUUUACGGACGCAAGGGCUUACCACCAUCACACACACAGUAUGACUUCGUGGAGUUGCUGGACGGCAGUCGUCUGAUAGCUAAGGAGAAGCGAGGGCUGGUGGAGGUGGAGGCGUCGGUGAGGAGAGCGCGGUCGGUCAACGUCCACGAGGCCGAGUUCAUCCGCUUCCUGGACUCAGGAACCUGGCAUCUGGCGUUCUACAACGACGGGAAGAACACGGAACAAGUGUCCUACAACACCAUCGUCAUAGAGUCCCUCACCGAGUGUCCACACAAUUGCCAUGGUAACGGAGAUUGUCGCUCUGGAACGUGUCAUUGUUUCCCAGGGUUCCUCGGGCCUGACUGUUCACGGGCAGCCUGCCCAGUGCUCUGCAGUGGUAAUGGUCAGUACUCAAGGGGGCGCUGUCUCUGCUACAGCGGCUGGAAGGGGACGGAGUGCGACGUCCCCAACAACCAGUGCAUCGACAUCCACUGUGGAGGACACGGUAUCUGCAUCAUGGGCACGUGUGCCUGCAACGCCGGGUACAAGGGGGACAACUGUGAGGAGUUGGACUGUCUGGACCCGUCCUGUGCGUCUCACGGAGUGUGUAUCCAUGGAGAGUGCCACUGUAACCCGGGCUGGGCGGGCUCUAACUGUGAGGUGCUGAAGACCAUGUGUCCAGACCAGUGCUCGGGCCACGGCACCUUCCAGACCGAGAGCGCCACCUGUACCUGCGACGCCAACUGGACCGGACCGGACUGUUCCGUCGAGGUGUGUGCGGUAGACUGCGGGUCUCACGGCGUGUGUAUGGGCGGUAGCUGUCGCUGUGAGGAGGGCUGGACGGGGUCAGUGUGUGAUGUGAAAGCCUGUCAUCCCCGCUGCACUGAACACGGAACCUGCAAGGACGGCAAGUGUGAAUGUCAUCAGGGCUGGACCGGAGAACACUGCACUGUCGCUCACCCGGAGACGUAUGUCCAAGGAGAGAGGAUAGGAUUUAAAGAGGGCUGUCCCGGGCUGUGUAACAGUAAUGGCCGCUGCACUCUGGAUCAGAACGGAUGGCACUGCGUCUGCCAGCCCGGCUGGAGGGGGUCCGGCUGCGACGUCGCCAUGGAAACCCUCUGCGCAGACGGCAAGGACAACGAAGGAGAUGGUCUGGUGGACUGUAUGGAUCCAGAUUGCUGUCUCCAGAGCUCCUGCCAGACACAGCUGUUUUGCCGGGGGUCACCUGACCCAGGUGACAUCAUCAGCCAGGGCCAAUCAGCUUCCUCCCAGCAGGCCGCUCAGUCCUUCUACCAGCGAAUCAGCUUCCUUGUCGGCCCUGAGAGCACGCAUGUGAUUGGUGGAGAGAAUCCAUUCAACAGAAGCCUGGUGUCUAUAAUCAGAGGACAGGUGCUGACUGCAGAUGGGACGCCCCUCAUCGGAGUGAACGUUUCCUUCGUUCAUUAUCCGGAACACGGAUACACCAUCACCCGGCAGGACGGCAUGUUUGACAUCCUGGCCAAUGGUGGGGCGUCUCUGACCCUGAGUUUUGAGCGCGCUCCGUUCCUGACGCAGCAGCGCACCGUAUGGGUUCCCUGGAACGUGUUUUACGUGAUGGACACUCUGGUGCUGAAGAAGGAGCAGAACGAUAUUCCCAGCUGUGAUCUGAGCGGCUUCAUCAGACCCAGCCCCCUCAUCCUCACCACCCCGCUCUCCACCUUCUUCAGAUCAUCCCCGGAGAACGGACCCAUCAUACCGGAGACACAGGUUCUUCAGGAGGAGACGGUCAUCCCCGGCAGCGACCUGAACCUCAUGUACCUGAGCUCUCGGGCCGCUGGCUACCGGCCAGUCCUGAAGGUCACCAUGACCCAGGCCACCAUCCCCUUCAACCUGAUGAAGGUGCACCUGAUGGUGGCCGUGGUGGGGCGGCUGUUCCAGAAGUGGUUCCCCGCAGAACCCAACCUGUCCUACACCUUCAUCUGGGACAAGACGGACGCCUACAACCAGAGGGUCUACGGCCUGUCUGAGGCAGUGGUGUCUGUGGGGUUCGAGUACGAGUCGUGUUUGGAUCUGAUCCUCUGGGAGAAACGGACGGCGAUUCUGCAGGGAUACGAGCUGGACGCCUCCAACAUGGGCGGCUGGACGCUGGAUAAACACCACGUGCUGGACGUUCAGAGCGGUAUCCUGUAUAAGGGGAACGGAGAGAACGUGUUUAUUUCCCAGCAGCCCCCGGUGAUCAGUACUAUAAUGGGGAACGGGCGCAGGCGCAGCAUCUCCUGCCCCAGCUGUAACGGUCAGGCGGACGGGAACAAGCUGCUGGCGCCGGUGGCUCUGGCCUGCGGGUCGGACGGCAGUCUCUUCGUGGGAGAUUUUAACUACAUCAGACGCAUCUUCCCCUCCGGGAACGUCACCAGCGUCAUGGAGCUCAGAAAUAAAGACUUCAGACACAGUAAUAACCCCGCCCACCGCUACUACCUGGCCACUGACCCGAUGACCGGUCAGCUGUACGUGUCGGAUACGAACUCCCGCCGGAUCUUCAGACCCAAAGUUCUGUCGGGGACGAAGGAGCUGCUGCAGAACGCGGAGGUGGUGGCCGGAACAGGGGAGCAGUGCCUGCCCUUCGACGAGGCUCGCUGUGGGGACGGGGGAAAGGCCACAGAGGCCCUGCUGCUGGGUCCUAAAGGAAUUGCUGUGGAUAAGAACGGGUUCAUCUAUUUCGUAGAUGGCACCAUGAUUCGGAAAGUUGACCGCAACGGCAUCAUCUCAACACUACUGGGGUCAAACGACCUGACCUCUGCACGACCUUUGACUUGUGACACCAGCAUGCAUAUUGGACAGGUGCGUCUGGAGUGGCCGACUGACCUGGCCAUCAAUCCCAUGGACAACUCCAUUUACGUACUGGACAAUAACGUGGUUCUACAGAUCACUGAAAACCGCCAGGUUCGGAUUGUAGCCGGACGGCCCAUGCACUGCCAGGUCCCUGGCAUUGAGUACAGCCUGGGCAAGCGUGCCAUCCAGACCACACUAGAGGGCGCUACAGCCAUCGCCCUAUCCUUCAGCGGAGUUCUGUACAUCGCUGAGACAGACGAGAAGAAGAUAAACCGCAUCCGGCAGGUCAGCACUGAUGGAGAAAUCUCCCACCUGGCGGGGGCACCAUCUGACUGUGACUGCAAGAAUGAUGCUAACUGCGACUGCUAUCUAACAGGUGACGGCUACGCUAAAGACGCUCGUCUGAACGCCCCGUCUUCCCUCGUCGUCUCUCCUGAUGGGACACUCUACGUGGCCGAUUUAGGAAACAUCCGGAUCCGUGCUAUAUCCCGAAACCGGCCUCCGCAGGGCUCCUCCGGUUUGUUCGAAGUCGCCUCUCCGGCCUCUCAGGAGUUGUACGUGUUCGACGCUAACGGGACGCACCAGUUCACUAUGAGUCUGGUGACCGGAGACUACAAGUACAACUUCAGCUACAGCAACGAGGAUGAUGUCACUGCGGUAACGGACAGCAACGGGAACACAUUGCGUGUUCGGCGUGACCCCAACCGCAUGCCUGUGCGAAUCGUUGCCCCGGACAACCAGGUGAUCUGGCUGACCAUCGGGACCAACGGUGGUCUGAAGACGCUGACGGCGCAGGGGCAGGAACUCGUGCUCUUCACGUAUCACGGCAACAGUGGCCUCCUCGCCACCAAGAGUAUCCAGAUCGGCUGGACCACCUUCUAUGAUUACGACAGUGAAGGAAGGCUGACCAACGUCACCUUCCCGACAGGAGUCAUCACCAGUCUGAUUGAAGAAAUGGACAGAGCGCUGACUGUGGAUAUUGAAACUUCUGGACGGGAUGAUGAUGUCAGCAUCACCACUAACCUGUCCUCAAUAGACUCCUUCUACACACUCGUACAAGACCAGCUGAGGAACAGCUACCAGGUGGGCUACGAUAACUCUCUGAGGGUCAUCUAUGCCAAUGGAAUGGACUCUCACUACCAGACGGAGCCUCAUAUACUGGCCGGAGCAGCUAACCCUACGGUGGCCCGGAGGAACAUGAGCCUGCCUGGGGAAAACGGACAGAACCUGGUAGAGUGGCGCUUCAGGAAGGAGCAGACCAGAGGAAAGGUCAUAGUGUUUGGACGGAAACUGAGAGUCAACGGUCGAAACCUGCUCUCUGUGGACUACGACCGAACGCUGCGCACGGAAAAGAUCUACGACGACCAUCGUAAAUUCCUGCUAAAGAUCGUGUACGAUGCAGCUGGUCACCCCACGCUUUGGGUCCCCAGCAGCAAGCUGAUGUCUGUUAACCUGACCUACUCCAGCAGCGGUCAGGUGACCAGCAUCCAGAGAGGGCCGACGGUGGAGAGGGUGGAAUACGACAGCCAGGGACGAAUCAUCUCCAGGACAUUCGCUGAUGGAAAAAUGUGGAGCUACACUUAUCUAGACAAGUCUAUGGUGCUCCUGCUCCACAGCCAGCGGCAGUACAUCUUUGACUAUGACUUGCAAGACCGGCUCUCCGCCAUUACCAUGCCAAGUGUGGCGCGCCACACGAUGGAGACCAUUCGUUCAAUUGGAUACUACAGAAACAUCUAUCAUCCACCUGAAAGCAAUGCCUCAGUCACUGUGGACUACAGUGAGGAUGGGCAACUUCUCCGGGUGGCACACUUGGGCACAGGCCGCCGGGUCCUCUACAAGUACCGUAGACAGAACAAGUUGUCGGAAAUCCUCUACGAUAGCACUCGUGUCAGCUUCACCUAUGACGAGACGGCUGGCGUCUUGAAGACAGUGAACUUGCAGAGCGAGGGUUUCAUCUGCUCCAUUCGCUACCGGCAGAUCGGCCCUCUAGUGGACAGACAGAUAUUCCGCUUCAGUGAGGAUGGCAUGGUCAACGCCCGCUUUGACUACUCCUACGACAACAGUUUCCGAGUCACCAGCAUGCAAGGGGUCAUCAACGAGACCCCUCUGCCCAUCGACCUCUAUCAGUUCGAUGACAUCUCAGGCAAGGUUGAGCAGUUCGGCAAGUUUGGGGUCAUCUACUAUGACAUCAACCAGAUCAUCUCCACGGCAGUUAUGACCUACACCAAACACUUUGAUGUCCACGGACGCAUCAAAGAAAUCCAGUAUGAGAUCUUCCGCUCUCUCAUGUACUGGAUUACUAUUCAAUACGACAACAUGGGACGUGUCACCAAGCGAGAAAUCAAGAUUGGGCCGUUCGCUAACACCACCAAAUAUGGCUACGAGUACGAUGUCGAUGGCCAGUUACAGACCGUCUAUCUGAAUGAGAAGAUGAUGUGGCGCUACAGCUAUGACUUAAAUGGCAACCUGCACUUGCUGAACCCUGGCAACAGUGCCCGACUCACUCCUCUUCGUUAUGACCUGAGGGACCGAAUCACUCGACUUGGAGAUGUCCAAUACCGAAUGGAUGAGGAUGGGUUCUUGCGGCAGCGCGGCGCUGAGAUCUUUGAGUACAAUUCCAAAGGUCUGUUGGUACGGGUCCAUAGCAAGGCCAGUGGAUGGACCAUUCAGUACCGCUAUGAUGGGUUGGGUAGACGCCUGGCCUCCAGAAACAGCCUGGGCCAACACCUUCAAUUCUUCUACGCUGACCUAAACUACCCCACCCGAAUCACCCAUGUCUACAACCAUUCUAGCUCUGAGAUUACCUCGCUUUACUAUGAUCUGCAGGGUCACCUGUUUGCCAUGGAAAUCAGCAGUGGAGAAGAGUUCUACAUAGCCUGUGAUAACACUGGAACUCCACUUGCUGUCUUUAGCAGCAAUGGACUGCUCCUCAAGCAGGUCCAGUAUACUGCCUAUGGUGAAAUCUACUUCGACUCCAAUCCCGACUUCCAGCUGGUGAUCGGAUUCCAUGGAGGACUGUAUGACCCAUUGACGAGGCUGCUGCACUUUGGAGAAAGAGAUUAUGACAUCCCAGCAGGCCGUUGGACCACGCCAGAUAUUAGCACCUGGACUAGAGUGGGAAAAGACCCUGCUCCCUUCAACCUCUACAUGUUCCGCAAUAAUAAUCCUGUAAGCAAGGUGCAUGAUGUCAAGGAGUAUGUCACAGAUGUCAACAUCUGGCUGGUAACUUUUGGAUUCCACCUCCACAAUGCCAUCCCAGGAUUUCCAAUUCCUAAAUUCGACCUGACACAGCCCUCACUGGAGAUGAGAAAGAGCCAGCUGUGGGAUGACCUUCCGUCCAUCUCAGGAGUGCAACAGGAGGUGACCCGUCAGUCCAAGGCGUUCCUGUCCUUUGAGAGGAUGCCAGAAAUCCAGCUUAGCCGUCGCCGUUCUACGAGGGACAAACCCUGGCUGUGGUUUGCCACUGUAAAAUCCUUGAUUGGCAAAGGUGUGAUGCUUGCCAUCACCGGCAAAGGCCAGGUUGCCACCAAUGCUCUGAACAUUGCUAACGAAGACUGCAUCAAGGUGGCUGCGGUACUUAACAAUGCCUUCUACCUGGAAGACCUACACUUCACCAUUGAGGGGCGUGACACGCACUAUUUCAUCAAGACUAGCCUGCCUGAGAGCGACCUAGGGGCACUGCGACUGACCAGUGGGCGCAAGAGCCUGGAGAACGGAGUCAACGUGACUGUGUCGCAGUCCACCACGGUGGUCAAUGGGCGCACAAGGCGUUUCGCAGACGUGGAGCUGCAGUACGGCUCCCUAGCACUUCACGUACGCUAUGGGAUGACGCUAGACGAAGAAAAGGCACGUGUUCUGGAGCAGGCCAGACAGAGGGCACUGGCCAGUGCUUGGGCACGGGAACAGCAGAGAGUGCGGGAUGGGGAAGAAGGCGUGCGGCUCUGGACUGAAGGUGAAAAGCGGCAGCUUCUGAGCUCCGGGAAAGUCUUGGGCUACGAUGGUUACUACGUACUUUCCGUGGAGCAAUACCCAGAGUUGGCCGACAGUGCAAACAACAUCCAGUUUCUGAGGCAGAGCGAGAUUGGGAAAAGGUAACAGACUGCACAUCCCAGCGGCCUCCCAACACACUACUGCCCCUAUCUCUAUACCCCCUCUAUAUACUCGCUGAAAGCCCCUACCACACCCCAACCCGCAAACUGCGAGGGGUAGGGCUGGGGAAACUGUGCCUAGAUGCCUCUUUCUGUUACCAUGUAGGAAAAAAGAAAAAGACUUACUUUGUCACAGUUCACACUAGACACACCCCUUUCUCCACGCUGCAGCGUCAAAUGGACGAAUUAACUCUUUCCGACAGAGCGAGGACUCUUAAUUUGGAAAUAAAAAUGAGAAACUUAAUUAUGGAUUUUUUUUUCUUUUGUGCUUUUUUUGUAUGAGAAACCUUAAAGGUGAUAUGCUUAAUGGAUUUUAAAAAAGGAAAAUACAAAACACAGAAUAAAUGGAAGAAAAAUGUGUUUACAUGCGCAUAACCACUGCACUCGGCUGGACUGACGACAAGUACAGGUCUCUAUGCUGCCACCGUGGACCAGGCUGAGCUACACUAACACUUGGAAAGCUCUUCUUGCUAGCAGAGUAAACCGUUUUUUGUGGACUGUUUUGGACAGAGAUGUACAGCCGUGAGUGAACUGACCAUGAUCUUUCCUUCCUGCUUCGCUUUCUUAAAGGACACUGUUACAAUUCAAGUAUUCAAGUCAAGUCUGAGUGUUCAAUGUCAAUACUGAACCAGCUCAAGUGGUGGCGGACGUAGAUUAGAGAGAAAAACAGACGAAAUUAAACAUAUAUCAUAUCUGACCAGUCUUUUGACAAGAGAUGUGAGUAUCUUUACAGAUUUUUUUUUUUAACCUUAAAAAAAAUACACUUAUCCGUACAUCAAUAUUAGUCUCAGAGAAAGUAAUUUAUGUACAGUGUUUAUACAUAAAAAUAAAAUCUUAAAAAUAUUGAGACUUUUUUCUGUCUUGUCAUGCAUUACUGUUUACACUUCAUGAAUUUUAAUAUUUGAUCUUAUCAGAUUUUAUGGUAAUGCUAAUUGAAAUAAAAUCAGCUGUACUGUCUCAUUAACCUGCAUUGAAAUACAACUUUUUUUUUGUUCAUUUACUGGUAUAGUUUUGCACUUUUUUGUUUUUUUUUUCGCAGCCACGACUGUUGGUUGGUUUCAGCUUGCCUGCAAUCCUUUGUAACCUACAGUACAUUACAUUUGAGGGGGUGGCUCUCCAGUUCAACACAUACUUUAAGGCAUUAAGUUAGAAUUAACCAAUAAAAUAACCAAAUUAAUGUGAGGCUGUCAUUUCCUAAUUACAGUUACAUACUUUCAGUCUGUCACUCAAUUGGAACUACAGGUUGUAUCUAAAGUAAGGAAGCUUAUAAAAUAAAAACAGUCUGGAAGACGGUGAUACAACUUUAGACAAACUGAGGAGGAAAUGCUGGCGUCCAACUUUUAAAAAAGACAAAUCACUGUUUAAAAGUUGAGACCAAGUCAACAUCAUCUCCCACAGAUUGUAUCUAAAAUCGGUUCACCAUCUGCCAAACUGUUUUUAUUUUGUAUGAGUGCUUUCUUAAUUCUGAGACACCAUGUAUAAUGCUCUGAACCUGGCAAUGCUUGCCAAGUAUUUCAGAGAUCACAUCCAAAACCAAUAUAGUACAGCAUAUACACAAACUCAACUGAACCAAACGGGCCAUUAAACAAAGCAGCAUGCAUUAAAAUGCAUUAUUUUUUUAUUUUAAAUACUACAAGUGCAGGAACAAAAACAAAUUAGGAGCACCUGACUUGUAAUGACGAGAAAGGUAUUCACUGUAACAGUUGGAAACCCAUGUUUAGUUGCCACGGCUAAGUAGACAGAAUUUGAGAGCAUUAUGAUCAUCCAAAGUGUAAAACCUGUAUCCAUAUGUUCUGGGUCCUAUGCCUAGAUGGACUGCCACAUAGCCUACUUCAGAACUGUUAUUAUUUUUGUACAGGCCUUUUACGAUGUGAGCACAUGCAAAGCGAAAUGUUCCGUUCCACAUGAGAACGUACUUGUUUUUCCAUGUUGUUUGUUUGUUGCUUUUCUGUACAAUUAUUUUGCUCUAUUUUUCUAAGCGUAUGUGAACAGAAAGGGGGGAUAAAGGGUGUGCUGUCUGGUUUUUGGAGCUAGUGGGGUUUUGUUUCCGGAACUGUGUGCCGCGUGAGAAUAUGUAUCGUUGCUGUUGUUGCUGUGCGUGUUGGGUCAGGCGCUGUGCGUUUGGCUGGAACAGUGACCUCUCCCUGCCUUGUGUGACCUACACUUUUCAAAAUAAAGGUGCUAAAAAGGUUCCUUUGGAGCAAGGCCUGAGAAGAAUCACUAUGGAUGCUGGGUCCGUAAAGAGAUGGUUAAUUUGAGGUGUUUAAUCUUUGUGUUCUCCUAAUGGUCAAAAAUGUUUCACAAAAACAUCCUACUAGGGGUGGGCGAUAUGGCUCUAAAAUAAGAUCACGAUAUUUUAGGGUAUUUUUGCGACAACGAUAUACUUGGCAAUAUAGGAAAACAGAAAAAGUAUUCAUUAAUUUCAGGAAUAUAGUAUAACAGUAUAAUUAAAAUGUGGCAAAAUAAAUAAUAUAGCAUAAAAUAAUAUAAUGCAGCAAAAAAUAUUGCAGAAUAUUUUCAUGCAUAUAAACUGCAAACAAAAAAAAUUAACUAAAACAAUAAUACAAUAAAUACACUCAAAGCUUCAAAGUAAACAAUAGACUACUUUUAAGACAAACCAUCCCUAUUAUCACAAUAUGGAUUUUUAAUAUCAUGAUAUUUCUGUGUCAUGAUAUAUAGUAUACGAUAUAAUAUUGCCCACCCCUACUUCCUACGUCAUUUUUAUUGUAAAUUGAAAUUUCCCUAGGUUGACCUUGACCCCAAUAUUAGAGAAAGUGAAAUAAAAUAUACAGACAAAAGUAUUAGGAUUACAUAAUUACUGAAGUCAAUUUCAUUCAGUCUCAUUGCUAGAGGGGUAUACAAAUCAAACCUCUCACCAUGUAAUCUGCAUUGACCAAUAUGACUAAAAGAAUGGAUGGUUCUAAAGAACUCACUAGAAAAUGUCAUGAAUUUUAGACAAGAAGCCAGUUUGCAAAGAUGCAGUGAAGUGAGCCAACUUAUACGGAGAGAGUGAUGAUGAUACAUUUAAAAGAAAUAAAGCGUAUAGUAAGUAUAGAGCCUAAUAAAUGAACUAAAGCCUGGAGUUUGUUGCCUCACCCAAAAAGCAUUUGUUUUACAGUGGGGAGAGGUGUAAGUGUCAUCUAUAGGUUUCCCAAAACCUUUGCACCUUUAACUUGUCUUUUUGAAGAUACUGAACAAUAAACUACUGGUAACACCACUUAAUUUAAAAGCUACCGCUUACCACAGACAUAACCAUGCCAGAAAGUGGUUCUUCUACAGCAUCACUCCAAAUAAUCCUUUAUUGCUCCUUUUUUUUGGUGUAACCUCCCAGCAGUCCACUCCUAUGCAUUAGCCUGAAUUAAUGACAGCUCUCAUUAACCCGUUUUUGUGCAUCAAACUUAAUUUAGUACAAGGAGAAAUAUUCAAAGAUAUUCAAAGACAUUUCAUAUCUUUAAAAUAAAAAAUAUUUUAUAUUUUGCCAUUUAACAUUACAUGUGAACAUUAAAACAUGCAUAUUUGUAAUAUUUAUAAGUUUAAUCAAAUCUCACUGUUUAGUCACAUGGUUUGAACAGAAAUGUCAAACUAAUCCGUUCAAAUAUGGACAAAAAUGGGUUAAUGAAGUCUAAACUAUCUAUCCCUGUUUACACAUGGUCACUUCUAGAUAAAAUUCAGAUACACAAAAUGCAAGAUUAGGCCAAACUGCAUUAAAUGCAUGUGUAAACACACCAACCCACGUUUAAAACAGAUCCUUAUCUGAGACAUAUUUAACACAGAGACAAAUACAAUCACUUAAACCACUUCAGGAGAUAGUCUAAGAUAAACUGAAAAUAGAUACAAAUCCAAUCGCUCAACCAAACAGCAAUUAUAACAUAUUUUUAAGUAUACAUGCAUGCAGAUACUAAUCACAUGUAGUGAUCAGGUGUAAACAGGGUCUUUACAUUUAUUAUGAUUUUACAACAGAGCAUUCUGCAUUAACCAAUGGAAAUUAUCACAGUAAAACCAUAUUAUGAAUGAACAACAUAAAGGCAGUGGAGAGGUGAAGAUGGGUGGAAAUGAGAAUGUUUUUGAGAACCAAUGUAUUUUUUUUUCUUUGUUCUGUUUGUAUGAAUAUGGUGUGAAACUGACCAUUUGAAAGCCACUGUAACAGUUCGUUUCAGAAAUCAGCUCGUGUGUGUGUGUGUGUGAGAACACACCACUGUUAGUGAAUUAUUUGCUAUAUCUGCUUCUAUUCCAGUUAAAGAAAAAAGAAAGAGUCUUUUUCAUAUUACAAGCAAUUUUUGCCUCAAAUAUCUGUAAGAUGUACUGAGCUUAAAUUGGGAUUUUUUUUUAAUAUUAUUAUAAAAUCUCCAUCUCUCUCUCACUCUUUCAUCAGCUAUCCUGUAUCUCAUGCCGGUCGGCCUGUCGUGUGAUUGUCAAAGUUUUAAGAAAAAGUCGAGGAUGUGAAAACGUGUGCAGUUAGACUUGCUUGUGUGAAUUCGGGGUUUGUUUUUAAUGCUACAGAACAGAUUCUUUUCAUAACCAGUUUUGUUUUGGUUCUGAAAACGCAGCAGAGCUAGAGCUGAUGUGAUUAACUGUUGAUGUCUCACGGUCUCUUUUGUGAAAUGACUUAGGCAGCGCUUCGGUAAUAGUUCUGUUCCUUUUAAAGCCUCAUUCAGCAGAUUUUUGGCUCUUUUGUUUGGUUUUAGGAGACACAGAGACGUCUGGAGUGCAGUUAAGAGCCUGGAUACAUGCAGCUGUUAUUAAACUCUUAUUAUUUAAAGACGUUAUUCGACCAUGAUGUGGACGAUGCACUGAAAAGGCAAUAAUAGUCUGAGAGCAAUUACAAACCAAAUUACUAUCUGGUUCUCUGCUUUAUUAGCAGAGGCAGAAGCAGCUACUUCAAUCCAAUCAGUCGUAUUGAUUCAUUAACUACAUAUUGUGUAAGAAUCCACCCAUCACUUCUAGUCAGGUACGAAUCUUCAGAACAAGAAUCAGCUGGGAGUAUCCAGGCCUUUAAGUGCAAUUGUAAAGUCAUGUAAACCAGGUCAAUGCUGGACCCAUUACGUUUUAAUUUUCGACAUGUUAAUGCUCCACGAGAAGUCAAUCAUUUAAAUAAAAACGUAAUACUCAAAGGGUUUCUGAACUCAAA